GUUGGUUACGUUUUUGAAUUUUAUUAUUUUAUCAGUUUAAGUUAUCAGCGGAAGCAUGAUGAUUAUAUGUCUAUGAUUUAAGUUAGUUGAGUAUAACGCGAGUUAAGAGAAAAAUGGGAUUAAAAUUGAAACUAAUCGUUGCUGCCAGUGAAAAUUUGGGUAUAGGCAAAAAUGGCGAAUUACCCUGGAGAUUAAAGAAAGAAAUGGCUUACUUUAGUAGAAUGACCAAAACCACCAAAGACCCUACUAAAAAGAACAUAGUUAUAAUGGGUCGAAAAACUUGGGAAAGCAUCCCAGAACAGUUCCGACCAUUACCAGGCCGUAUUAAUUUCAUUUUAAGCAGAUCCAACCUGGAUUUACAGCAAUAUCAGGACACUUUUGGCUUUAAGAGUUUCGAGACAGCAUUGGAUGCUUUGAGUUGGGGGUCAUUUGAAAGUGUAUGGGUUAUCGGAGGUUAUAGUGUUUAUAAGGAAGCCUUAAGCUCGCCAUAUUUUGAUAAGUUGUACUUGACGAAGCUGCAUACGAGUUUCGAGUGUGAUACAUUUUUGCCCACACUUCCCGAGAAUUUAAAGGAAAUAAGGGAACCUGAAGUUCCCGAGGAACUGCAAGAGGAGGACGGUCUACAAUAUUCAUAUCACGUAUAUGAAAAGGCAUAAUCAAGAAACGUCGUCUAGAUAAAUAAAUGAAACGCAAAACACUGGAACAAGCACCUGAAUAAUUUAAUACAUAUAUAUUUUUUUUAUUUAAUGCGACAUUAUUCGCCUAAAUAACAUUACAUCGUCCUAAUAUACAUACAUAAUAAAAUCAC